CCGUCAGCUGGGGCCGGAGGGGUUUGCGGAGCAAGGGAGGCCCUGGCGCACAGUAGCUCCAGGCUGGAGAAGCCAAGGCGGGGCUGGGGUCCCGGCGGUGGGAGCCCGGUCGGAUCAGGGCGUGGCUUGGAACACAGCGGCGGAUUGGCCGCGAGGAGCUGGCGGGUGGAGCGGGGCGUGGGCGCGGACCCUGAGACCACCCGCAGCUGCGCCCCGGCGGCGCGAGGUCACGGAGGGGACUGUCGGCCGUGAGGGACUCAGCCCCCGAAGGCUAGAGACUGCGGGCGCGUGAGGUGCGCGGGGACCGGGAUGGUCACCAUGGGCCAGUGCUACUACAACGAGACCAUCGGUUUCUUCUACAACAACAGUGGCAAGGAGCUCAGUUCCCACUGGCGGCCCAAGGAUGUGGUUGUGGUGGCGCUGGGGCUGACAGUCAGCGUGCUGGUGCUGCUGACCAACCUGCUGGUCAUUGCAGCCAUCGCCUCCAACCGCCGCUUCCACCAGCCCAUCUACUACCUGCUCGGCAACCUGGCCGCAGCUGACCUCUUUGCCGGCGUGGCCUACCUUUUCCUCAUGUUCCACACGGGCCCUCGCACGGCCCGGCUCUCACUUGAGGGCUGGUUCCUGCGGCAGGGCCUCCUGGACACGAGCCUGACGGCAUCGGUGGCCACACUGCUGGCCAUCGCCGUGGAGCGGCACCGCAGUGUGAUGGCCGUCCAGCUGCACAGCCGCUUGCCCCGUGGCCGCGUCGUCAUGCUCAUCGUGGGCGUGUGGGUCGCUGCACUGGGCCUGGGGCUGCUGCCCGCCCACUCCUGGCACUGCCUCUGUGCUCUGGACCGCUGCUCACGCAUGGCUCCCCUGCUCAGCCGCUCCUACCUGGCCGUCUGGGCCCUGUCCAGCCUGCUCGUCUUCCUGCUCAUGGUGGCUGUCUACACUCGCAUUUUUUUCUACGUGCGGCGACGGGUGCAGCGCAUGGCGGAGCAUGUCAGCUGCCACCCCCGCUACCGUGAGACCACGCUCAGCCUGGUCAAGACUGUUGUCAUCAUCCUGGGGGCGUUCGUGGUCUGCUGGACGCCAGGCCAGGUGGUGCUGCUCCUGGAUGGUCUGGGCUGCAAGUCUUGCAACGUCCUGGCUGUGGAGAAGUAUUUCCUACUUUUAGCUGAGGCCAACUCACUGGUCAAUGCCGUGGUGUACUCAUGCCGUGAUGCUGAGAUGCGCCGCACCUUCCGCCGCCUCCUCUGCUGUCUGUGCCUCCGCCGGUCCACCCACGAGUCUGCCAGCUACACACCCUCCACCCGGACAGGUGCCAGCACUCACAUCAUGCUUCCUGAAAAUGGCCACCCCCUGAUGGACUCCACCCUUUAGCCAACCUUGGACUUCAGCAGGGUGCAGUAAGCGCCAGAUCACAGCAUCUGACCACUUAUGGAUGCACCUGGCUCUACCCAAUCU